AUGUCUACGCAAGUACCCCCCCUCCUCGCGAGGAAGUGCGAUGACCUUGCUAGACUGUGCUUGUGUGGGAGCAAGAUUGCGGCUGCUGACACCCACCAGGUGUGUGCCGCGUGUCUGGGGCUGCAACACGCCCGGACCGCGAUAACAGCCCCGGGAGUGUGCGAACACUGCGCCCGUCUCUCCCACCGGUCUCGCCAACGCAGGCUAACACGCCUAGCUAACUUCACCGGCGACGACCCCAUGCUCGGAGCGGAUGACCUCCCUCCCCUUGAGUCAGCAACCCUCACCCAGGAGCCGGCCGGCGCUGGAGGAGUGGACGCCAGCUGGGGUGACCAGCUCGACGCCCUAUCGCCUAUGUCCGACGCUGAAGACAGCCCAAUGGGUAUGCUAAGCGCGACUGGUGAAGCUGAACUCUCCUGGGAUGGCUCCGUCGACCUACUAUCCCUCGGGGAUGAGGAUGGCGACGACCUAUUCCCUCCAGCUACUCAGACUACUCGCCCGGGCGGCACGAAAAGUGAAAGCACCACCGAGGCUGACGAAGCCGCGAGCGUGGGCCUUCACGACGUCUGCAAAAGAGCAGCUGCAAAGCUCGGCCUUGCUUGGCCGGAGGCCCAGAAGGAAACCGUUUCCUCUCGCUACGAGGGAAAGAGGCUCCCGAAGGCUAAAAGCUCCACCAGACAACUGCUGCCCGUUUUCCCCGAGUGCCUUGAGGAAGCGACACGGUCAUGGUGCAGCCCAUUCUCAGCGAAAAACCCGGCUCAAGGAGUCGCGGCGCUGGAAUGGCCCGACAUGGAAAGCGGUGGAUUCGCCCACCUGCCCCCUGUUGAACCGCUCCUGGCCUCCCACCUCCAUCCCGCCCAGAAGUCUGCGAUGACCCCCUCGGGACCCGCAUUCCCCUCCAAAGCCGACAACUUCCAGUCCGCCAUGACUGAGAAAAGCUACAAAGCUGUGGCGUCGGCGGUGAGAGCUCUCAACGCCUCAUCUAUGCUCAUGGCCUACCAGGCCGAGCUGGAGGAAGACUUCACAUCCUCUCCCAACCAGCCAGCUGUCUGGGACGAAGUUUGUGUGGUCACGGACCUAAGCCUACGGCUACACAGGUGUGCGGUGCAAACUGCGGGGCGGGCUAUGGCCCUUAUGGUCUCUCAGGAGAGAGCUCGCUGGCUAAACCUCUCCAGCCUCUCCCACAAAGAGAAGACUCAGCUGCUAGACGUGCCCGUGGACCCCAAAGGCCUCUUUGGACCAGCCGUGGCCACUAUGCAGAAGCGGUGCGAGGAAAAGAAGCGAGACGGCGAAGCGCUGCAGCUGUGCCUCCCCAGAAAGGCACAAGCCCCCGCUCCCAAAGCACCCAGGCAGGCGUUCUCCGAUGCAGCGACGCGCGCGCCGCACUACCGCAUUCCGAGACGUCAGCCCCCAGCCCAAACCGCCACUCAGAGCCUCGGGAGCGAGGAAGAAGACGCGUGCCUAGCACGCUCCUUGCUGGCGAGAGGGGACGAGUUCAGCCAGGCACUCUCCCCUCCCCGAGCCACACCGGCCCCGUUCCUGGGCCUGUUCAAAGGGGCACGUUCCCUGCCCUCCAAGAGGCGUGCAGAGGCCACAGCGGCGCUCGCAGUUCACAGCCCACCGAAGCGGAGAAGAGACAUGGAGUGCCAGUUCGAGCCCCAAAAGUGUCUCACAAGCACACACCAGUGCCCCCCUUCACAAAUAAAUGUUUCGGUGCGCAGCCAGGCCGUGGGCCAAGGGCGUAUCCGACAAAAGAAUGUCAAAAAAUGUCAUAUGAACAAAAAAGCUCUCACAAAAAAGUACGAGCAGUGUUCAGUGGCGAGGGUGUGCAGUCACUCCCUAAUAACGCCACAAGGUGGAGCCAGAGCUCCACCGGUGACGCUGGGCACAAUAAGCACGCUGGUCGUGCAGCCCACGCCAGCUCGGCCACUAGAUGGCGUAAUUUCGCCUCUAACCGAGCGCAUUCAGUACUGGCGCAUGCAUGUGCAGUCAGACUGGAUAAUAAAGAUUAUAGCGAAGGGCUAUCGUCUACAGUUCGCUACCCCCCCGCCCCCAUUCAACGGGAUAGUACAAUCCCAUGCCACAGGGGACUCCGCUCGUGUUUUACAGGAGGAAAUAACCUCCCUGUUAAACAAACAAGCGAUCAGAGUAGUUCCUUUCGAGCAGAGCCAUCACGGCUUCUACUCAAGGUAUUUUCUGGUUCCAAAGAAAGGAGGGGGGCUGCGCCCAAUAUUAGACCUACGCGCUCUGAACAAAUACUUAAGAAAGUACAGCUUCAGAAUGCUAACCAACGACGCACUGAUGCGCUUCGUGCGCCCAGGCGAUUGGUUCACCUCGGUAGAUUUAAAGGACGCGUUCCUACAUGUCCCAAUCUAUCCCCCCCACAGAAAGUUUCUCAGGUUUGCCUUUCGAGGCGUGACCUACGAGUGGCUUGCCCUCCCAUUUGGCCUUGCGCUCAGCCCCCGUGUCUUCGUAAAAGUCACCGAAGCGGCUAUUGCACCGCUCCGGGAACAGGGCGUUCGCCUGGCUACAUUUAUCGACGACUGGCUGGUGGCCGCGCGGUCGUGCCAGGAAGCGCAGCAACAUACGGCUCUCCUAACAGAGCACCUGAUGUUACUGGGUUUCAGAAUAAAUUGGGAGAAAAGCGUUCUGCGCCCAUGUCAGAUUACCACCUUUAUAGGGCUGUCCCUAAACUCCGUCUCAUUCAGAGCGUGCCUGUCAGAGGAGCGGGUCAAAGCGUUCCGCGCGUGUCUCGCGCUGUUCCGCAGGGGAGCCACUGUGAAAUUCAGGGUCUGCCUCAGACUCCUGGGUCUCAUGGCGUCAGCCUUGGUAGUCAUACCACUCGGCCGCCUGUACAUGAGGGCUAUUCAGCGGUGGGUGGCAUCGCUGAAAUUGAAUCCCUCGCGUCACGGUCACCGCCGUGUCGCAAUCUCAGCAGCCUGUUGCGCUGCGCUGCGGCCCUGGAAACGCCCACUCUUCCUCACGGAGGGUACACUGAUGGGCGCUGUCCUACACAGGAAAGUGGUGACGACGGACGCCUCGUUGACCGGCUGGGGAGCCACUCACGAGGGCAGGUCGAUAAAUGGGCUAUGGGACGUACACAUGCGAACCCUGCAUAUAAACCGUCUAGAAUUAAUGGCGGUCUGGCUCGCACUCAGACACUUUUUGCCCGUCCUGAGGGGCCAUCAUGUCUUGGUCAGGACAGACAACACCACGGUGGUGGCUUAUGUCAACAAGCAGGGGGGACUGAGGUCUCUUCAUAUGCACACGUUGGCACACAGACUGAUUUUAUGGAGCAGCACACGGCUCCUGUCGCUGAAAGCCACACACGUCCCCGGUGUAUUGAAUUUGGGUGCAGAUUUAUUAUCCAGGGGCAACCCCCGCUACGGAGACUGGACUCUCCACAGCGAUGUGAUGGCUCAGAUUUGGUUGCGGAACGGUCAAGCGAAAGUGGACCUAUUCGCGUCCGGGGAGAAUGCACAAUGUUCAAUGUUUUUCUCCUUGCGCGAUCGCAACGCUCCAUUAGGGAUAGAUGCGUUGGCACACCAGUGGCCACACGUCCUACUCUAUGCCUUCCCCCCGUUGGAACUAAUCACUCCAACACUAGCCAGGGUGCGGGAACGGGGCCUCUCACUUAUCCUCAUAGCCCCGCGCUGGCCAGGGAAACCCUGGCUGGCGGAGAUCAUCCCGUUACUCCACUCCCCGCCGUGGCCACUGCCACUUCGCAGGGACCUGCUGUCCCAAGCGAACGGGGAAAUAUUUCACCCUCACCCAGAACGCCUGGCUCUCUGGGUUUGGCCCGUGAAAGGCUAAAUCUGACAGCUGCGGGCUUGCCCUGCAAUGUCAUAGCGACCAUUCAGAGCGCUAGGGCUUCAUCAACCAGAACGUUGUAUGAUAGCAAAUGGCGUGUAUUUAAUGAUUGGUGCAUUAAAACAGGGACAAUAGCCUUCCAGUGCUCGGUGGACGUUAUCCUUACGUUUCUACAAGAUUUACUGGAUAGGAACAAGUCCUUCUCCACUGUUAAAGUUUACCUGGCUGCCGUUUCGGCUUGCCAUGUAGGCUUUGGGGACAAAACAGCGGGCCAGCACCCUCUCAUACGUCAGUUUAUGAAAGGAGCGCGUCGUCUCCGCCCGGUCUCUAAACCACUGGCCCCUUCAUGGGAUCUACCUAUGGUUUUGGAUGUCCUGUCUCAACCCCCCUUUGAGCCAUUACAGCAGUUGGAUCUUAAAGUGCUCUCACUUAAGACGGCAUUGUUGGUGGCCUUAUCUACGGCUAAACGCGUAAGCGAUAUUCACGCCUUGUCCGUGAAUCCUGCCUGUAUGCAAUUUUUCCCGGGUGAUACGAGGGUUGUACUAAAACCCAACCCUGCGUUCAUUCCGAAGGUUUUCAAUCCGUCACUGUCGUGCCGUCCGAUUGAGCUAUUUGCUUUCAAUCCGCCACCGUUCACCUCACUGGAGCAGGAGCGGCUGAAUGCGCUCUGCCCAGUCAGAGCGUUGCGCGCAUAUGUGGACAAAACAGCAGAGUUGAGAAAAACUGACCAGCUGUUUGUGUCUUGUGCGAAGUCUCGCCUGGGUAGACCGCUCACUAAA